AUGUCGAAAUCAUUGGCAUAUCCUCCCCGAAAAUGGUAUCGCCGCGUCCCCUUCCUCUCCGACAAAUCCUCCCUCACCCUCCUCGACUCCAAUGGAAACCGAAAGAUCACCCCCGAAGCCUCCGCCUCCCUCUGGAAUUGGUUCUUCUUCAGCUGGCUCAACCCUCUCAUCGCAAUCGGGUAUUCUCGACCACAUAUCCAAUCCGAACUCUACCUCUUGCCACCGUCGAGUGAUGUGUCCGUCUACGCUGGAAAGUUGGAUGGUCAUAUCGAGGGUUUGAGGGAGAGGGUACCGGAAGGGGGUGGGAAGCGGCGGAGAUUCAAUUUCCACUCUCCGUCGUGGAGACUGGCUCGAGCGUUGAAUGCGUCCGUUCUCGUGUGGUUCUGGGUCGGGGGAGCGAUGAAACUGUUCGCGGAUGUAGCGACUAUUACAUCCCCCCUCCUCGUGCGGGCUAUAAUCCGGUUCCUGCAAACAUCCGAACAAAAUCGCAAAGCAGGACUUCCAGAGCCAUCAAUCGGACAGGGUUUCGGAAUGGCAAUCGGCCUCGCCCUCCUCCUCGCCUCGGGCGUAAUGGCCAACGUCCACGGUUUCUACCGCUCCUACACGUCCGGCAUCCUCCUCCGCAGCGCACUAAUCGACUCCCUCUUCCGCCGCACCUCCGCAUUCUCCCCCCUCGAGAGAGCAAAGCACAACCUCGAAACCUCCCGAAUAAUCAGCAUGAUUUCAACAGACGUCUCCCGCAUCGACUUCGCCUGCGGCUACUUCCACGCAACCUGGACCUCCGUCAUCCAAAUCCUCAUCUGUCUCGGCCUGACAAUCGCCUCCCUAGGGCCCGCAGCGUUGACAGGUUUCGGACUCAUGGCCAUCCUCGUCCCUUCCCAGAAUUACAUCGUAAAAUACCUCUUCCUCCUCCGCAAGCGAAGUAUGCCCUUCACCGACGCACGCCUCUCCGCAAUCAGCGAAGCCCUCGCAUCAAUCCGACUGGUAAAAGUCUACGCCUGGGAAUCCGCGCUCCUCUCCAAAAUCAGCUUCCUUCGACGUUCCGAGUUGAAAUUACUGCGUAGUCGACUCCUCCUCCGAGCGGUGAACGUCGCACUAUCGUUCAGCGUGCCGACGCUCGCUGCAGUGGUGAGUUUCGUAACGUACGCCGCGUUGGGGAACGAACUGGAUGCCGCGGAGGUGUUUUCCGCGCUGACGCUGUUCAUGCUGUUGAGGACGCCGUUGUUGCUUCUGCCGGUGGCGUUUGGGGCGGCUGCGGAUGGGGCGAAUGCGAUUCAGCGGUUGGCAGGUGCUUUUGAUGCGCCGAUGCCGGAUCAUGGACUGCCGAUUGAUGGGGACAUAGAAGCGGCGGUGGAGGUGAAGGAUGCCACUGUUUCGUAUCGUGUGCAGGAUCACAGUGAUGAAAAGUCAGAGAAACAAACCUCUUCCUUCCAACUCACCAACCUCACCGUCCACAUCAACCGCGGCGAACUCUUCAUGAUAGUCGGUCCCGUCGGCGCCGGAAAGUCCACCUUCCUAGGCAGUCUCGUGGGCGAAACACGCCUCGAAACCGGGCACGCAGUCCUCGGCUCCCGCGCAGCCUACGCCCCCCAACAAGCCUGGCUCAAGUCCGGUUCGAUCCGCGAGAACAUCGUCUUCGGCCGCCCUUGGAAUCCAGAUCGCUACAACUCCGUCCUCUCAGCAUGCUGUUUAACCCAAGACCUCUCCACCUUCCCCUCCGGCGACGAAACCAUGAUCGGCGAGAACGGAAUCUCCCUAUCCGGUGGCCAGCGACAACGUGUAGCGCUCGCGCGGACGAUUUACGAGCCCUCCCCGUUGUUGCUGCUGGAUGAUGUGUUCUCCGCGUUGGAUGCGCAUGUGCAGUCGGAGGUGGUGCAAAAGGUAGUUUUGGAGAGGGAUCCGGGGACGACGUUGGUGCUGGUUACGCAUUCGCUGCAUUUACUGAGGCAUGCGGAUCGGAUUUGUUGUUUGAAUGAGGGGAGGGUGGAGGAGAUGGGGAGCUUUGCGGAGUUGAUGGGGAAGGAGGGGGGACAGAUGAGGAGGGUUGUGGAGGAGUUCGCUAGUAAGUCGUCGGCGGAAGAGGAGGAAGUCGAGGAUGGCGAUCUGAAGGACGGAGUCCCUUCGACGGACGGCGGUGAUGCCAGUCAAACCACCAGCAACAAAGCAAUGAUGCAAACCGAAGAACGCUUCAUCGGCUCCGUAACAGCCCGCACCUACGCCUCGUACAUCCGCGCAGGCAAACCAGCCUUCACACUGACCUUCUUCAUCCUCUCCAUGCUCAUCUUCCAAGGCGGGAGCAUCCUCAGCCCACUCUGGCUCCAAUGGUGGCAAGAAGGACGAUUCCCAACGCUCUCCUCGGGAACAUACAUGGGCGUCUACGCCGCCCUCGGAGUCUCCCAAGCGAUCGGACUGCUAGCCAUGUCGUCCAUCUUUGGAUUCUUCAUCUUCUACAGCGCCUGUCAGAUCCACGCGGAUGCGAUUCGGAGUGUGCUAUACGCUCCGAUUUCGUUCUUCGACACGACGCCGUUGGGGAGGAUAACGCAUCGGUUUAGCAAGGAUAUCGAUGCGAUUGAUAAUGUUAUUGGGGAGGCGUUUCGGAUGUUGCUGAGUACCGUUGCGCAAGUCGUGGGAGCGGUGGUACUGAUCUCGAUUAUCCUUCCGUGGUUCCUUCUGGCCGUCUUCGUUAUUGUCAUUUUGUACAUCUUGACGGGAAUGUACUACCGGCCGACCGCACGGGAACUUCGACGACUUGACGCUUUGACUCGCAGUCCGAUUUACGAGCACGUUUCCGAGUCGUUGAACGGGAUCAUGGUCAUUCGAUCGCUGGGAGCGCUGCAGACAACCCUCGAUCGGAAUCGAGAGAAUCUCAACACCGAGAAUUCGCCAUACUGGUUAUCAGUAGCUUGUCAGCGAUGGCUCAGCGUUCGGCUGGAUCUCCUGGGUACAUGUCUGGUGCUGCUAGUCGGACUCAUCGUCGUCGGCAGUCGGUCGUCGAUUUCCGCCGCGCAAGGUGGUGUUGCUCUGAGCUAUAUCGUCACGGUCCAGGCGGUCUUUGGGUUCAUGAUCCGGCAGUCGGCGGAGAUUGAAAACAACAUGAACGCCAUUGAGCGGCUGCUGUACUAUUCCCAUGAUGUACCGCAGGAGCCACCUCACAAGAGGGAGGGAGAUGUCGGUCUGGUGGAGAAGAAGUGGCCUGGGCAAGGCGCCAUCGAGAUGCGAGAUGUCGUCUUCACUCAUCGCGAAGGGCUGGAGCCAUCGCUUCGAGGCGUGAAUCUGGUCAUUCCUGCUGGGUGUCGUCUUGCCCUCGUGGGACGCACAGGGUCUGGCAAAAGCACGAUGCUUGCGGCGCUGGUCGGGAUGGGUGAGAUCACAGCUGGGACCAUCAUGGUUGACGGCGUGGAUGUGAGCACGAUCGGUCUGAACCUGCUUCGCAAACGAAUCGCAUUCAUGCCGCAAGAAGCAGCAGUACUGAGCGGAACACUGCGAUACAAUCUCGAUCCAUUCGGCGAGCACGACGACGCCGACCUCUGGCGGGUAAUGCACCAAGUCGGGCUGUCCUCGAUCUCCGCACAGAGUUCCGCAGAGACAUUAACAUCAAGCGACCAGGAGAAGUCGUCCCCAGAUGACGCCGCAAUCAGCCCAUCCAGUCACAGUCACAGUCAGCACCUUACCCUCGACACCCCCAUCCACGCCGAGCGCUCCGACCUCUCAUCCGGUCAGCGCUCGCUCAUCUCCCUGGCCCGUGCACUGAUCAAAGACGCAUCAAUCUUCGUGCUCGACGAAGCAACCGCAUCAAUGGACAUGGAACUCGACCAUCGACUGCAACGCGUCCUUCGAGAAAACCUCCGCGGCAAAACGACCAUCGUCAUCGCGCAUCGACUGGAUUCCGUGGUGGGAAGUUCGGAUCUCAUUUGCGUAAUGGACGAGGGUCGAGUUGCCCAGUGCGGGAGUCCGAUGGAUUUGUUUGGGGAGGAAGGAGGGCACUUCCGGAGUCUGUGUUCCGACGCAGGGCUGGGCGAGCUAGAUCUUGUUGAGGCGAGGAGGCGCUUCGUCAGCAGCUGA